AUGAAAAUUCUAAUUUUUAUUUUUUGUGUCAUUUCGGUAACUUUUGCCGCUAAUUACUGCGACAAAGAGAAAUACUGUAAAUUCUUCAAUGGUCGCGAAUACGAAUUACGCGAUCACAUCGCUUGCCCAGGUGUUGCCAAAAACAUUUGUCCUAAAGGCUCCAAAGCAAUUCCAAUAAAUGCCCUAAAAUCCAUAAUUCUCGAUCGACACAAUAAAUAUCGCAACGACAUUGCAGGCGGAAAAACUUCCGGUUACUCGCCAGCUUCGGGCAUGACUGAGAUGACAUGGGAUGACGAAUUAGCUGAAAUUGCCGCCAAGAACGCCAUGACUUGCAAUUACAAACAUGAUGCUUGUCGCAAUACCGAUAAAUAUCCAAGAGCUGGGCAAAAUCUUGCGAGAAAAUGGAUGUCGGGAUAUUCUACGGACGAUAAGGAAUUCGUUGAAGAAUCAAUUGAUCUUUGGUGGAACGAAUACAAUGAUACCGACCAAGAUGUUAUUGACAGUUUUCGUGACACGGGAGCUAAAAUCGGGCAUUUCACAGUAAUGGCUCAUGAAGGUGCCUAUAAAAUUGGAUGCGCGAUCAGUCAAUAUCCCGAGUCGAGAGUUAUUUCAGGAAAAUAUUGGGAUGGAGUUACACGUUAUUUGGUGUGCAAUUAUGCCAUGACCAAUAUAAUAAAUAAACCAAUUUACAAGAAAGGAAGCCCAAGAAGUGCUUGUAAGGCAGGAAAGUCAAUAAGAUACAGCAAUCUUUGCAGCAGUGCUUAUUAA